CAACAAACAAAGUCAUACUUAUCCUCUCAGCACACACUGUCAUUUUCGCCGUCUCGGGAGAUCAGUUUUAGUCUGGCCACCCAGUCUUCUCCUCCAGCAACCCCUUCCAAUGCAGCAAGUGGCAGAGAAAGCUCUCUAGCAACCAUGAAGACCAGAAAGAGGCGUAGUAGAUCACUGAGUGAUAACCUAAGUAGUUACUUCAACCCUUGUGCAACCAAGAGGGCCAGGGCUGCUUCUCGUAUCUCAUUCUUGGGUUAGAGAAUGAGUAAACCGGUGGACAGUUAAUAAGAACACAAAAAGGAGGGAGAGGUUGGAGAAUGCAAGAGAACUGGAGGACAAGAAAACAGGAGAAAGAGGGAGAGGUUUGAGAGUGCAAG